AUGACGUAUGUGAUUUGUGAACCAUGUAUCGACCUUAAGGACAGUUCAUGCGUUGAUGUAUGCCCAGUGGACUGCAUUCAUCCCCUACCGGAUGCUGAUGAGUUUGAGGGAGUCAAUCAACUCUACAUCGACCCGGAAGAGUGCAUCGAUUGUGGUGUAUGCGAACCUGAAUGCCCCGUCGAAGCGAUUUUCAUGGAAGAGGAUGUUCCUGAAGAAUGGGAAGAUUUCAUUGAAAUCAAUGCGGUAUACUUCGAAUAA